AUACACGAUAGAUCUCCAUCAGUUAUUUGAAGCUAGAUUACUAGUCUUCUUCGUUUCACAAUUUACAAGUAAAAAUGUACUAAAAACGACAAAAGAAACCAAUCAAAAAUUAAAAUCAAAGUUCAACAAUAGCAAAAUCACAUAAAUUAUAUUGAUAUACUGUAAAGCAAUUCAAAAAACAUAUUGCAUGUGGUGGAUUUGUACUAAUCUUCUUCAAUGAUCGUUUGGAACUUCAUAAUCAAAAGAAAAAUGCAAAAAAAUUAAAACUAGGAAUCGAAAAGCAGAGUAAAGCCUAGAAAAAUGAGAAAUCGAAUUUGUAAUGGUGAAAAUUGAGCCAAAACAAAGAGAAAUUGGGAGCAAAAGAGAGUAAUUGAGAGCAGAAGAGAGGAAGUUGGGUGAGAACUGAGAAAUAAAGAGGAAAGAGAAUCAAGAGUGAAAUUGAAGAACAAAGGAGAUAGAAAGAGGGAUAAUGAAGAGCAAGAGGAGAGAGAAAAAACAAAAUUAAAAGAAAAUAAAGGGAGGUAAGAAGGUAACAAAUUUCCUACUGCAUCAUAUCAUAUCAUCACAACAAAACUAUAGACUAUAGGUAUUGAUUUGAAGGCAGGAGGAAAAUGUAGGAGGAGAGAGGAAAAGGUGUUAUUGGGCCAUAACCAUGGCCAUUUAAUAACUUAUUGUAAACCGUCUUUUUUAAAACUUUUCAAUGGAGUAUCUCGUUUAUUAUGAUAGAGAUAUACUUUAAUUUCGAGUAAAUAAAGAUAAACUUGUAUUUACCCCCAAUUCCUCCUUGGAAAAACUAAUAUGCUAUCAAUGAAGUGAGCCAAUUUGAAUUUCUCAAUUUUGCUAGGCAGCAACAGUGGUGAUGAACAAAUUGCAGUAGUGGCAGCAUUGCUGCAUGUUUCUCAGGUUGAGAUUAAUCAUUUGUCGCAAACUACUCAGUGCUCAAGUCUAUGAUGAACCAUACUUAUUGGACUAAGGCAGUCCACAAACUAUCCUCUUGCAUUCGAACCCAAACAUCCAACACCAAAAAUGUCAUUGAUGCUCGAAUCAUCAAAACGGGUUUUGACCCGAAUACAAGCCGCACUAAUUUCCAGAUUGAAAAACUCAUUAAAACAGGUCAACUUUCCAAAGCACACCAACUGUUUGAUGAAAUGCCUAACAGAAAUGUAAUCUCUUUGAACACCUUGAUUUCAGGGUAUGUCAAGUCUGGUGAUCUUGUUACUGCAAGACAAUUGUUUGAUGGAAUGUAUGCUCGAACUACUGUUACUUGGACCAUUUUGAUUGGCGGUUAUGCUAACCGUGGAUACCCUUUGGACGCUUUUAAGCUUUAUGUUGAUAUGUAUAGGUCUAUGACUAUGCUGGAUUCUGUUACUUUUGCUACAUUGUUGUCGGGUUUCAACAAUAAUGAUUGUAUGUACCAAGUGAUUCAAGUACAUGCUCAUGUUUUAAAAAUGGGGUUUAGUUCAGCUCGUGCCGUGUGCAAUACUUUGUUGGGUUGUUAUUGCAAGUGUCAUUGCUUGGACUUAGCUUUAAGGCUUUUUAAUGAAAUGUCAGAAAGAGAUUCUGUUACUUACAAUGCAAUGAUUACUGGGUAUGCAAUUGUGGAGUUAAAUGAAGAAGCUGCUGAUCUUUUUCUGACAAUGCAGAAAAUGGGUUUCAGACCUUCUGAGUUCACCUUUACUGCAGUUUUAAGUGCUGCUGUUGGGUUAGGGGACAUAAUUUUUGGCAAGCAACUUCAUGGUUUUGUGGUGAAAACAAAUUUUAUUUGGAAUGUUUUUGUUAGCAAUGCUUUGCUUGAUUUUUAUUCAAAACAUGACCAUGUAAAGGAAGCUGAGAAACUUUUCCACGAAAUGACUGAAAUCGAUGGUGUUUCGUGCAACAUUAUCAUAACCGGCCAUGCAAGGGAAGGGAACUAUGAGAGGUCUCUUAAACUUUUCCAGGAUUUGCAGGGGACAAAAUUUGAUAGGAAUAAUUUUCCCUUUUCUACUAUGUUAAGUAUUGCAGCUUAUACACUUAAUUUGGAAAUGGGUAGACAAAUUCAUUCCCAGUGUAUUGUGACAACAGCAUCAUCAGAACUUCAAGUAGGAAAUGCACUCUUAGACAUGUAUGCUAGAUGUGGACGGUUUGAGGAGGCUAAUCUGAUCUUCCAAUCUCUCUCACACGAGGACACAGUCCCAUGGACAGCAGUGAUAUCUGCUCUUGUACAAACGGGGUACCAUGAAAAAGGGCUUGAUGUAUUCAUCAAAAUGCGCAGGGAACAUGUCAACCCUGAUCAAGCAACUUUUUCCAGUAUUUUAAGAGCUACUGCUAGUUUAGCCUCACUCUCGCUUGGAAGACAGCUGCAUUCUUUGGUGUAUAGGUCAGGAUAUUUUUCCAAUGUGUUUUGUGGAAGUGCAUUGCUUGAUAUGUAUUCAAAAUGUGGUUCUAUGAGAGAUGCUAUCAACGCUUUCCAAGAGAUGACUGAAAGGAAUAUAGUGUCGUGGAAUGCCAUGAUCUCUGCCUAUGCUCAGAAUGGAGAUGGUUAUGGUACCAUUGGGUUAUUUGAGGAAAUGGUUUCAGAGGGUCUUUGCCCAGACCCGGUAAGUUUUCUUAAUGUCCUAACUGCUUGUAGCCAUUGUGGGCUUGUUGAUCAAGGAAUAAGGUAUUUCAACAGUAUCACUAAAUUGUACCAUAUGGAGCCUAGGAGAGAGCAUUAUGUCACUAUGAUUGAUAUCUUAUGCCGAAGUGGACGUUUUGGACAAGCAAAGAAACUGAUGUCUGAAAUGCCCUUCAACCCAGAUGAAAUUAUGCUUUCAUCCAUUCUGAACUCAUGUAGGAUCCAUAAAAACCAAGAGCUAGCAAAAGAAGUUGCAGAACAGCUAUUCAAGAUGGAGGUGAGAGAUGCCUCUGCUUAUGUAAACAUGUCAAAUAUCUACGCGGAAGCUGGUCAGUGGGAUAAAGUUGCUGUGGUGAAGAAAGCAAUGAGAGAACGAGGACUUAAGAAGCCACCUGCUUAUAGCUGGGUGGAAAUCAACCACAAGAUGCACAUUUUCUCAGCAAAUGACAAGUCUCAUCCGAGAUGGGAGGACAUCAGAAGGAAAAUUGAGUCCUUAUCGAUGAGAAUGGAAGAGGAAGGUUAUAGACCAGAUACUAGUUGUACCCUUCAUAACUGGGAUGAAGAUACUAGAGCAGAAUGUUUAAAAUACCAUAGUGAACGCAUAGCUAUAGCAUUUGCAUUGAUCAGCACCCCUGAAGGUUCACCAAUAUUAGUGAUGAAGAAUCUAAGGGCUUGUUCCGAUUGCCAUGCUGCAAUCAAGAUCAUCUCUAAGGUAGUUGGGAGGGAGAUUACAGUGAGGGACUCCAGUCGAUUCCACCAUUUCAAAGAUGGGCAUUGUUCUUGUGGCGAUUAUUGGUGAUUAUUGUAUAAUGAGUUUCCAAGAAAAAGGAACUAUAAGAGUAUGGCUAUGAUGUCUGUGAAGCAAAUUUACAUUGAGAACAGGUUAAGUCUUUUCUUUUUUGACAACUUGUACAUCAUGGUUUUGGAAAUAAUGUCUAAUACAGUGUUGAAUAUUACAGUAUCUCAAUUUCAGAAGAGAACAUUUAGUGGUUCUUCCAGAUGGUUAGUUAGGCUGUGCAUCAAAAAGGAAAGACAAAUUGCAAGAUUCUGAACUUCUGAAAUGUACACCUUAUUUUUAUAAUUUCUCCAUAAGUUUCUCUUGGCCUUUGUUGCAAAUAGUUUGGUUCACAUGCAUGAAACUGGUCUCUUGUUUAAAUUGUGUCGGGGGAAAUAAGAAAUGUUAUAAUCAAUAUCAUUAUAGUGAGCUUCCAUCGAUAUUUGUAUGGUGAGCUUCCAUUUAUCUUUAUGGUGAGCUUCUCAAUCCUAUCUUACCUGUCAAACCUCCAUUUCAUCUCCAUCAAUUUAAAAAUAAUUUGUGCUGGAAAUUUUGGUUUUUAUUUUUCUUCCAGUGAAGAGAUUGACAGUCACGAUGCAGUGAUUAGUCCUGUUAAUGAUGUGAAUCUAAUGUUUGAGAUUUUUGUAUUUGGAUGAGUUGGUUUGGCCAUGUGGCUAUAUGCAGCCAGCAGUUUUACUACCAUUAUGACCUCCAUGCCUCUUGUGUAACUAUGUGUAUUACUUUUUGUCUUUGACAUCUUGUGUUUCUUUUUGGGUGAAAAGGAGAAUUAGUUUCGUUUAAGUUGUGGAAGUGAUUUUCAAAGUAAAUGCUAUGUGAUGCAAUUACCAUAAUAUGAAGAAAAUCAAUUUAUCAUUUUUCGAAAAUUAGUCUAACGGGUUUAGUUCUCGUGUGUUAAUUGGAUGGUCAGCAAAUGCACAUGCUUCUUAUCAAAUAUGAAAUUUCAAUUUUUUUUUUUUUUUUUUUUUAAUUGAUAAGCACAAUUCCCUUGGAUUACAUAGAAUGAGCCAACAUAUGGAAUAUCUCCAAAUAUUUUUGCUAAUUUCUUUUGCCUUCUUGCUUUCUACUCUUUUUUUUUCUUCACCUUAAGAGCUACCUCACUUUUUUAUUUUAUGGGAUUAGUGCAGAAGUAUGCCAAAUAUGUUGGUAUGAAGCAGACUUUUCGCCUUGUAGUUAGAGGCAUCACUUGUAACAUGAUCAACGUUCUGAAAGGGGCCUGUAAGUAGUCCAUUUUUUGCUUCUUUAAUUAUUUAUGGUGUGUUCUAUUUACCUAUUUUUCACUUAUUUAAUUUGAUUAAACUUAGCAGAACUUAUUUUAAUUAUAAAUUGAACAUAGUUAGCCCUAAUUUAGGCCUUAUUGGAACUUAUCUUAUCUGAAUUAUUUUUUCCUGAAAAAAGUAGACAAGGAGAACAGAACUAAGCAUUAGUAUAAUUUUAAUUUAACCCGGGGAAUUUCAAUCGCGCUUAUAUUCAUCACUGUAGGAAUUGGGUUCAAGCUUUCCCUAGCCCCUUCUCAUCAAUGGACUAGUUAAAUAGAGUUUGCAGGAAAUUGGAAAAAACUUCCAUCAGGGUUGGUGUAAAGACCCCUGUACAUGAUGAUUACAGACUACUCUUCUCAUCUUUAAAAGAAUAAUCUAGGCAAGUAACCCUUUACCAUUCCAGGCUCACCUAUACUUGUACUCCAAAUUACAUUUUUAGAACUCUAAAGAGGUGUAGGCAACAGGACAGUAGAUGUAACCCUCACUGCAAAGAUGGAAAUAAUACAGAUAUUAUAUGGCUGUAUUAGAAAAAGAAGUCCUCCAUCCUUUCCUCCGGUUGGGUGAGAAUGGAAAUUGCUAUAUUUCUAUUGAGGAGUGGAACAUCACACAUGACUCUUACCUAUUUUUGUUUUCUCACAGCUGAGGAAAGUGUUAAUCAUAAUAAGUGUGACAUACAAAGACUUCAAUCAGAUGAUAAAGGCAAUGUUACAUUCUAAAUUUUUAAUAUGAUUAUGAUACCUACUUUGUCACUUUGAUACUAUGCUUCUAGAAGUGAUUAUAUAUUUGUAUUUGGCAUGGGUUGUUGAUGAUUCAGAAAAUACAAGUUUAUCAUAGUGAUAAACAAAAUUUGUUUACCAUUUGAUAAACUGGGACAAGCUCGUUGAUAAUUAGUGUGAAGUUUGAAUAUGCUUUCCAGGCU